GCGAUUGGGAAGAACAUGCGUGAAUUCACCUGUGUUUUUGACCUGCGCUUCAGGGAGCUCAAUCUGAUUGAAGCACCACUGAGCUUAUUGGAGCUGCUUGGAGAACGGUUCAAGUACCUGAAGACAGCUCUACCUGAUUUUUUUACCUCGCCAAGCACUUUACUCUUUAUCUUGGAUGGAUUAGAUGAGUUCAAAUUCUCCUUGGACUGGAAUGGUCCUGACAGAAACAUUGAGGUUGGUUCAAAGGUGCCAGUGUCAGAGCUGAUGUUGGCUUUAAUCAGGGGAAGUCUUCUUCCGGAGGCAUCAGUCAUUCUCACGACAAGACCAUCUACUGAAGCUCCGAAGCGUUUCUUCCAGAGAUGUUGUGUGGUGCUGGGCUUUGAAGAGGACCAAGUGAAGGAAUAUACCACCAAGUUCUACAAAGACAGUAAAGUUGCUGAAAAAGUCUACAGUUACAUCUUAAACAAUGACAACCUUUUCGUGCUGUCCUUCAUCCCUCUUUAUUGUUACAUCAUCUGCACUGCUAUGGCUGAGUUCUUCUCUUCAGGAAAUCAAGAUGUCAGUGACUCAAAGUCUUUGGAGCUAAACCCGCCCAGAACAGUCAGUGAGGUUUACUUCUGUUACCUGUUUACAGCAGUCAAGCACCAUGCACUGAGGGGGACUGCAGAGAGAAACACCCCUAGAUCUGAGGUUCUCUCACUAGCAAAGCAACAACUGACAAGUCUGGGAAAACUGGCUUAUGAAAGCCUUCUACAGAAAAAGAUCAUGUUCAACAGAGCAGAUCUGGAAGACUACGGUGUAACACCUGCUGAUCUUCAGAGCACCUUUCUCUGUCACAUCCUCCAGCGUCUCAAAGAGGAAACAGCGGAGAUGUUUUCUUUCUUCCACUUGACUGUUCAAGAACAUCUGGCUGCCCUCUACUGUGCAGUCAAUCUCUUCAGCCAGGAGGACAUAAUUCAAGCUCUGGACUUCUGGUGUUUUGGGCAACGUCCACCAUCCUCCACAGCUGAACCACUGCAAAAUACAGACCUCGACAUGGACAAGCUGGAGAGCCUCCAGAUGUUCACACGCUUCUUCAUGGGAAUGCUCCGAGCUCGGCUGGGAGGUCAGUUGGAUGGUCUUGUCCUUUCCCCCAUGGAGCAAGGGGAUGCCAUCCCUGCCAGGCUGGGUUUGUGGUUCCAAGACCAGUUUAAAGGCAUGAAGCUCGAGAAUCAGGCAGCCUUGAAUCUUCUCCACUGUCUGAUGGAGUUCCACAUGAAGGAAGCGACCAGCAUAACAGCACCAGAGAUCAAGAAACUCAACCUGUUUAAAAUGAAGCUGAGCGUUGUGGACUGUGCAGCCAUACACUAUGUGCUGCAGUUCUCUCCACACAAACUGCAGGAGCUCAAUUUAGGCUACUCCAACAUUGGAAACAGAGGACUAAACCGACUGGGGCCAAUCCUGCAUCGCUGUGAAUCUCUCUACUUGAGAUACAACUGCCUGGAUAGACAAGCAGCUUUUUUAGAAUCUGCAGUUCUGAAAUCAAAUGAGUGCCAAGUGAAAAAGCUGUUUAUGUGUGGCAAUAACCUGGGUCCAGAGGGGGUUUUGGAGCUCUGGAACGCUUUGGAGCACAACACCACAGUGGAGGAACUCUAUCUGGACAUCACCGGCAUCACAGAGAGAGGAACUGAAAACAUUGUCAACUGCCUCAGAAAAAACACCUCUCUGAAGACACUGACCAUUGUUGGGAAUAACAUCGGAGAGGUGGGGAGGAGGAGGCUGAGGGAGCUGGAGCAAUGUCGACCAGGACUUCGGAUUAUUGCAAACUUUGUGGAUGACCUUGGAUUACUUCAGGCCUACCUGGACUGGGUGGAGGAGAUCCAGGCAGACAGAGACCAGAUGGAAUCAGUGAAGAAUGCAGACGCCCUGCAGUCAGUGCUGAAAGGACUUCAGGUGGCAGGGGAACAGGUGGAGAAAGGAGAGAACGCAGAGAAAGCCAAGGAGCUCCAGACAAAGAUUGUAAAGUUGUUGCAGUCCUCCACAGAUUUGAUUGGAGGAAGAUAACCAAAACUUAUGUGACAAGGGCAGGGCUCCAUGCUUUCAAAGCAUCCUACAUGAAAUCAAUCGAUAUUCUGACUUUAAGAUGUAAUUCAUAUUAAUCUUAAUGUCCUCUUUAAUAAUUCAGAAGGCAAGCUUACCAUUGUUUUAUCAGCUUGUUUCUUUUUUGACUUGAGAAUUGCUUACAAACAUGAUUUUGAAGCGAUAACGUGUUUCAGAAGCCCGACACAGAAAAAGGAAAAAGAAAAUGAUUCAUUGGAUGAAAGGAAAUCUACAAUUUACAGUUUUUAUAUUCUCAAAUGCAUAUUUUCUCUCUGAGAGAUUUGAUCAUUUAAUGGUAAAUCAUAAAGUUACUGUUUGAUUGUUUGAUCAGGAAAAAGGAAAUCUCUUUGGCCACUAUGUUAUUUACAUAACUUUAGAACAAUAUUGCUAUAUAUUUCUAUUGUUCUGUGGUGUGAAAUGUGGUGCAAAGAGCUCUCACUUUUGUAAGUUCCUUAUUUCUAAAAGUGACACAAGUUCUCUGGAAACACACCCUCACUUCUAAGGAACUCCAUCUAUCUGCACAACACCCCUAAACUGUACACAUAUGAAUGAGGCAAAAUAAUGAGAUGUUUUUGAUAAAAGUAGAUUUUUUUUUAAAUAAAACAAAUGCCACAAG